CGUUGUAGGCGAAAAAUCGAUUGGCAUAUUAUGCCUCUGAUGUGCUUGAUGUAUCUUAUGACUUUUGCGGACAAAACUACACUUGGACAGUCCGCAGUCUUGGGAAUUAUACCCGGUGCACAUCUCAAUCAGAACGAGUUCAACUGGUUGGGAACUAUCUUCUACCUUGGUUAUCUGGGUUUUCAAUAUCCGCAAAAUCUGGCACUCCAGCGAUUCCCCGUCGGGAAAUGGAUUAGCCUUAACAUCUUUGUAUGGGCCGUGGCGCUGUUAGCACAUGCGGCAUGCAAAUCUUUUGGGGCUCUUUUCGCCGUCCGCUUUAUUCUCGGCAUAUGUGAAGGUGCGAUUACACCCGGCUUCAUGAUCGUCACCUCGAUGUUCUACACCCGUGACGAGCAAACAAAAAGAGUCGGUUACUGGUUCUUGAUGAAUGGAUUUGCCAUCAUCUUCCUGGGUUUUGUGGGUUUUGGCGUCCUCCACACAAAAACCCACAACUUCAUGGCAUGGCAAUGGUUGAUGAUCGUCACUGGCGCCAUCACGUUGCUCACUUCCGUCGUUUUCUGGUUCUUGUUCCCAGAUUCUCCAACCACCACUUGGUUCUUGACUCCGGAGGAACGUACUCUUGCUGUACAGCGAAUCAAGGUAAACCAGUCCGGUGUUGAAAACAAGCACUGGAAACGCGAGCAAUUCGUGGAGACACUUCGCGAUCCCAAGGUUUGGGUCAUGGCGCUUUUCGCCGCUGUCGGAAAUAUUGUCAAUUCUCUAACCAACCAGAGACAGCUGAUCGUCAACCAAUUUGGGUUUACCCCAAUUCAAACCACAUUGCUUGGAUGCGUUGAUGGUGUCGUAGAAAUUUUCACAAUCUGGCUCGGAGUUACGCUAGCUUCAACUCGCCUUUUCGGUCGGGCAUAUGCUGGAGCGUUGAUGUUCAUUCCCGCGCUUCUUGGUGCAAUUUUGGUGAAUACAUUGCCAUCACACAACAAAGUUGGUUUAUUAUUUUCAUACUGGAUAACGAUCUUCGCUUUCUCACCAUUUGCCAUUUUCCUUGGAUGGGUUGGAUCCAUCGUUUCUGGACACACCAAACGGACAACAACGAACGCCAUUGUUUUGUGCGCGUAUGCCAUCGGCAAUGCCGCAGGGCCGUUUAUGUGGAAACGGCGUUAUCAACCGCGAAAUCACACUCCGUGGGCUAUUAUCGCUGUCUGCCUCUUCGUGUCCGCGAUGUUACUCUUAAUACUUCGAUUCAUGUUGAGAUCUGAGAAUAAACGGCGGGAGGCGGAAGAAAGAGAUGAUGCCUACGACAACAUGUACAUCUCUCAACAACUACCUGAUGGAACAAAGACGAAAAAGCAUCUUGAUCGGGCCUUCCUUGAUCUCACUGACCUCCGCAAUCGUGAUUUCCGUUAUAUUUUGUGAUAACAUUUCUGGAUGCCGCGGGAUCUUGACACAUGUAUGACGUUUGUUUAUAGGGGUUAGAGAUGCCCUGAUGGAAAGUUAGAUCUUGACAGCGUAAGGAGGCCUUUUCAUAGCAGCGUCUAGGGGAAUAUAUGUGGCACCUUCACUGGUG